GCGUCCCAGCACCUAUUUUAAGACCACUUCAUGACCCCAUUUUCCAUUCACUCUUUAGAAAAAAAAAAAAUCAUAAAUCCCAAUAACCAGCACACAGACACAAAAGGAAAAAAGAUGUUUGAAGAGAGACCGCAGCAGGGCGGUGCACCCCAUGGAAUCAUACUAGCUGUAGUUGUCUGCACGGUGGUUUUAGCUCCAUUUCUCCUCGGCGACCAAGGCGAGGCCAUAACUGAAGCUAUUACUGAGCUCUUAAGCCCAGUCGGUCUUCUUCUUCUUCCCAUUAUCCUUCUCUUGACUAUUCAGUUCCUUUCCUCCGAUCGCGGCUCAUUUGUCUCCACUAUCUUCUCUACUGGCGAACCAGAUACCAUUCACCGAGUCAGUGGCUCACCUUUCGGCGUGGCUUUAUUUCUAGUUCUGAUCUUGUUCUUGCUUUAUAAUCGCAUGUCCAUCUUCGGCGGCGACGAUGAUUCCGGUGAUUAACUUCUGGUGAGUUGGUGACUUUGCUUGCAUGGAUCUGAGAGACUUGGACUCGUCUAUUAUUUUUUUUUUUUGGUUUUUUAAUUUAAUUUCCUGUAUUUGUAUACAGUACAGUGGGGGGUACGUAGAUUUGCUAGUACAUGGGAUGGUAUUUUUGUAUUUAGAAUUUUAGUUCGAGGGUAUUAUGGUAAUAGAAAAUAUUGGAGGAAGCAGCUGGAAAUUUCUGCAUAUUUUGUUUAGUGACAAGAUUACCCUUGAUCUGAAUAUGCUUAUACAUUUUCUCUGUCUAUUAUACAGUGAGGGUAUUAUGGUC